CCUAAUUUUUCCCCCUCAACGUUUCAAAAAGAUGAUACCAACGAUUCAACUUCCGGGUACAAACGGUACGUCUUCUCCAUCCCUCCAAGAUCUUCCGAACCCUUUUUAGUACUGCUUUUAGUUCCUAAUGAAUGGUAUAAGUUAGGGCUCGAAUUUGAUUGUGCACAUGAUUUCAUGAACCGGCUGAAGAGAACUGAUAUAAUAUAAGAUUUUCUCGAUGAUGUUUAAAGUUAAGAUGCCUUUGGAUGCAGAAAAUUCAGGUCAUAUGAUUUCUUCAUGGUGAUUUGGUGUUCUUUACGAUUGGACUCAUGUUGUUUGAUGAUAUGUCUGAGAGAAGUUAAAUUAUGCCUUCUGUAACUGAGGUAUAAUGGUAUAUAUCGUAAAACCAACGAAACUUGAGUAUUUGAUGUCACAUGCUAGUUUUUAGAGGGUUACAAUUCGUGUGUCUUUGAGUUUGGAUAAUAGUUGCAGGAUGGAAACCCCAGUUUCCAAGAGGCCAUUAAGAAAGAAACACCUCUCUAGAAGCUAUGAUGAGAAUUUGAUGGAUGAUUAUUUGGAUAAGCAAUUAGGUAAUUCCCCAAGGAAAAGGUUCAGAACAAAGAAGGAAUUGGAGAAAGAAACAGAAAAAGAAGCCAUGAUAGCCCUUUCUUUAGGGUUUCCCAUUGAUGCCCUUCUUGAAGAAGAAAUCAAAGCCAAAGUAGUAAGUGAGUUAGAUGGAAAAGAACAAAACGACUACAUCGUUGUCAGAAACCAUAUACUUUCAAGAUGGAGAGCUAAUGUACAUGCAUGGCUUUCCAAAGGAGAAAUAAAGGAAACUGUAAGUAACGAAUUCAAUCACUUACUUCAUUCUGCUUAUGACUUUCUUCUCUUCAAUGGGUAUAUAAAUUUUGGAGUUUCACCAACUUUCAAACCUCAAAUGCCCGAAGAAUCAACAGAAGGAUCUGUAAUAAUAAUCGGUGCAGGACUUGCUGGAUUAGCUGCAGCUCGCCAGUUGUUAGCUUUUGGUUUUAAAGUGAUUGUGUUAGAGGGUAGGAACAGACCUGGGGGUAGAGUCUAUACCCAGAAAAUGGGUCAGGGUCAGGGGCAAAAUGGUAAUUAUGCUGCUGUGGAUCUUGGUGGAAGUGUUAUCACAGGUAUUCAUGCAAACCCUCUUGGAGUUUUAGCUAGACAGCUUUCGAUUCCUCUUCAUAAAGUGAGAGAUAAAUGUCCUUUAUAUGAUCCAGAAGGCAAACCUGUUGGAAAAGAAACCGAUUCAAAAGUAGAAUUUAUUUUCAAUAGACUUCUAGACAAAGUAACCGAAUUCAGACAAAUCAUGGGUGAAUCAUGUGGUGACAUUUCAUUAGGAUCAGUUCUUGAAAAACUCACAAAACUAUAUGCUGUAGCCACAAGUGUAGAAGAAAAACAAUUACUCGAUUGGCAUUUUGCAAAUCUAGAAUACGCAAACGCGGGCCCACUUUCAGACCUUUCAGCUGCUUAUUGGGAUCAAGAUGACCCGUAUGAAAUGGGUGGUGAUCAUUGCUUUUUAGCAGGUGGGAAUUGGAGAUUAAUCGAAGCAUUAUGUGAAGGGGUUCCGAUUUUUUAUGAAAAGAUUGUGAAAACCAUUAAGUAUGGUGAAAAUGGAGUUGAGGUAAUUACAAGUGAUCAAACAUUUCAAGGUGAUAUUGUUCUAUGCACUGUUCCUCUUGGUGUUUUGAAGAAAAAGGUGAUAAGUUUUGUGCCUGAAUUACCUGAAAGAAAACUUGAGGCGAUUGAGAGACUUGGAUUUGGGUUGUUGAACAAGGUUGCUAUGGUGUUUCCUUAUGUUUUUUGGGGUGAAGAUGUUGAUACAUUUGGUUGUUUGAAUAGAAAUAGUGAGAAUCGUGGAGAGUUUUUCUUGUUUUAUAGUUAUCAUACAGUUUCUGGGGGAUCAGUUCUUGUUGCAUUGGUUGCUGGUGAAGCUGCAAAAUCAUUUGAAUCCACUCAUCCUUCCACUUUGCUUCAUCGUGUUUUAAAUGUCCUUAAAGGAAUAUAUGGACCAAAGGGUAUUGAAGUACCUAAUCCAAUCCAAUCCAUUUGUACAAAAUGGGGAAAUGAUCCCCUGUCAUGCGGUUCAUAUUCUCAUGUGCGGGUCCACUCUUCCGGUAGUGACUACGAUAUCCUGGCGGAAAACGUUGGAAACCGCCUCUUUUUCGCCGGAGAAGCCACCAACCGCCAACACCCCGCCACCAUGCAUGGGGCCUACUUAAGUGGUCUAAGAGAAGCUUCAUACGAUGACUCAACCGGGCUCAUGAUGGUUGCCAUUGAUGAUGAUGAUGAUAAAGUCAAAGUCAACAAUGGUCAAAGUCAACGCCCGGUGAAGCUUUACACGAUGGUGACACGUGUACAGGCGUGGGAUUUGGAGGCGGUGGUUGGUGGCGGGGAAAGUGGGUUGAGUUACAUGUCGGAGAAUCUCGGGUUGAAGUUAAUGGGAAUGGACUGUUUUGCCCUUGUGGCAAAUUCGUUGAUUUCUAUUAUUGCUACACGGAGAAGUAGGGUUAGGAAUCGGGUAGUGUUUGGAAACCGUGUUUCGUACACGUGA